UCGAGCGAACAUUAUUACACUCACUGGAGUCGGAAGUUGCAACGCGUCGUGGAACCUCAAACCGCGUUAUACGCGCCACAGACGUGAAGCGCGUUCCUCUGAAUACGAGCUUUAUUAUUUAGACGUUCUGUGUUCAGAGCCGUGAGAGAUUUCAUUAACGGACUGUCACGGCUGUGAACGGAUGGAUCACCUAUCCCGUGCGUUUCCAAGAAGCGGGCGACCAUACAGCGCGCGUUUACGCAGAGCUUACCUCAUUGUCUUACUGACAUGAUUUUGGAUAACGCUAGCUGAAACACCUGCUUGAAAACCGCGCACUAUUCAGAAGAGUGAGCGCAGGAGAUGGUGAGGCUCCUCGUGUAACGGGAGGAUGGUCUGCGCGUCAUGCCAACACGCUAUGAAUUCGUCUUUACGUCGUGUGUGUCGGAGCGACUGAACCCAGGUGUCCUGUAAACCCGAAGCCCGCUGAUUUAACUUAAGUUUUGGUUUCAUUUAAACUGUUUAGUCGUGACCAUGCCCGUCAGUGCCAUGCCGAGGGGUCGGUCUCUGAGCCCGGUAUCUCUGUCCCGCAGCCUCUCGCGGCUGAGGGAGUUUCGAACCCGGACUCGCAUCAUGCUUUCUCUGGGAGUCUCACAGAUGGUGCUCGGCAGUCUCAUUUUGGCUGUCAGUUUCGCCGCUUUGGCCCUCACGACAUCUCCGAGGGUGAGACAUUCGUGUCCCUUUUGGGCUGGAUUCUCGGUGCUUUUGUCUGGACUGAUCGGAGUGGUGUCAUGGAAAAGACCACUUUCUUUGGUGAUAACUUUCUUCAUGCUGUUGUCUGCUGUGUGUGUGAUGCUGAACCUCGCAGGAGCCAUCCUUUCCUGUCAGAAUGCCCAGUUGGUCAACUCUCUGGAGGACUGUCAGCUGAUUAAAUUUGACAGUGACGGUGUGUGUGUCUGCUGUGAGCUCGAGCACAUGAGAUCCACCUGUAAUAAUCUGGGAGAUACGCUUAAACUCAACCCGCUGAGGGACUGCAACACCAUACGUCUCCGUCUGAAGGAGCUGCUUUUCAGUGUGUGUGCACUGAAUGUUAUCUCCACCAUUGUGUGUGCUCUGGCCACGGCUGUGUGCUGUAUGCAAAUGGUUUCUACUGAUUUACUACAGAUGUUCAUGCCACACAGGGCACGUGCCUUGAGCGCGGACUGUAUGACCCCUCAUGGUACCAUCUUACACCAGACGCUGGAUUUCGACGAGUUCAUCCCACCCAUCCCCCCUCCUCCCUACUACCCCCCAGAGUACACCUGCACACCUGUGAUGGAGGGCCAGAGAGGGUUGCAUCUGGACUUUCCACAUUCUCCCUUCAGUGCUAUUUAUGGGGUGCCUAUAAACAGCCCCGGGGCUCUAUAUCCAUCUGAGUUGCCACCACCCUAUGAAUCUGUCGUGGGACAGACACCUGCCAGCCAGAUCACCACCAGUCUUGAGCAACAGGUGACAGAGUCCAGUCUGUGUGAAAGGAACACCACAGCUGGCCUUAGCACUCAGGGUGAGGAUGCUGCAAGCAUAUUUAUUAACAAACACAAAGUCAGAAGUCUUCGCUUUCUUUGGUGUAUAUAUGUGGGCUGUUUAGUGUGA